AUGUCAGCAGAAAAUAGUAGUUGCUGCAGAUGUUGCUGCAGCUUCAUCUUCACAUCUGGUUUAACAGCUCUAUUUUUAUGGCUAAAUCUCAGAUCAAACAACCCAGUUUGCUCCAUUGAAAACUUUGAUGUUUUUUCCCUCAACAAAUCUGCAAAUUCAUCGAUUAUCAACAACAAUCAUACAAUCCAUUAUGAUUUAAAGCUCAACAAUAAGAAGAAUAAAGAUAAAGGUAUUUACUAUGAUACCCUAAAUCUAACUUUCUAUUAUAAACCUAAUCAAACUUUAAUUUCUCUUGGAAAUGCUAGUUUUCCAGCUUUUUAUCAAGGCCAUGAAAAGAAAACUCAUCGUAUUUCUAGUAUUGAUGGUAAAAGGGUAAAAUGGGAAAAUGAUACGGCAACAAUGGCGGAAUUUAGGGUUGAGCUUAAUACGUCUGUAAGGUUUAAGAUUGUGUUUUGGAAGACUAAACGACAUCGUUUGGAUUUGAGGGCUGAUUUGUUAAUUAAUGAAGAAGGGAGUUUGAUUAAGAGGAAGAAGAAAGGGGUUAAGUUUACAUCAAAAGCUAGGAAUACUAGAGCUUCUUUUAAUUUCUAUUUUUUGGGCAUUUUGGGUUUUUUGAUUUUUAUUCUAUUUUGGUAAACACUCAAUUGUAUAAUUUAUAUUGUAUUUGAAAUAAUUGUCAAAAUCAAUACGAUGCUAAGAAUUUUGAUUUGAUGAACGAUAAUAAUAACAAUAAACUAAAUAAAUGUUUGAUAAUGCAAAACUUGCAAAGAAACACAAAAAUUUAAGGAGGUUCACUUAAUGAUGGUUACGUUUUCUGUCAUGUGUAGUUUCUUGUUUAUAAUAUAUCAAAGGAGUAUAAAAAACACUCUUACAAUUGAAAUAUUUGAGUAAGAGAUAAAAUCAGAAGGUUAUGUGUUUGGCUGGGUUGUGUUUUAUGUGUGUAUGAGAGUUCUCUAUUUAUAGGAGAGAUCACACUAAGUAACAUUAAGUACAUUAAAAUUAUGAAUAAAUGAUAAUUAAACAGCCCAAAAUACUUGAAGAGUCAAAAACAGCACCCUAGGAGCAUCAGAGACUUUGCUCGUCCAAAACAGGGGCUCGCUCAAUCGAGCGGUUUGGUCGAGCGGGCUACAUAAAGUUUCUGAUUUUAUUUUGUCUGCUCACUCGACCCACCCUGGAGCUCGCUCGGUCGAACGAGCUGGUCGAUCGGCACUUUAGAGAGCUUCUCGACUUGCAUAGUAGAGCAUCUUGAAUUAAACCUUUACACUUCUUCAUUAAGUCUCAUAACUCCCAUAAAUAAUUCACACUUUAUUACCUCAUUAAUCCAUACUUUUAAUCACCAUCAUAAAUCACAAUCAUCAAGAUUCAACUUAAUACACUCACAUUAACACACUUAUUAAAUUCCAUUCCAAGAGUUACACAUGAAUGCACAAAUUAAUUUUGCACUCAAGUCACACCAUUCAUAAUACCAUUCAUAACAGUAUGGAUUCCAUAUUUUAUGUGGAAAUUGAUGAUUUUGGAUUAUUAUGUUGUUAUUUUCUAUCUAUUAAUAAAUACUUCUUCACGUUUUUUACACAUCUUCCGUUUUCAUUUAUUUUUCUUAUUUACUUUUUGUGUAUAUUUUAAUGUAAAUUUAAAUCUCAAAUAAUUAUAAAAAAAAAAUUAUCUUGAUUAAUCUAAUUUUUCUUCGAUUUUCCCUUCGUUUUUUAAAUAAGUUCUCAUUUACCAUUUUGAGUGUUGUAUUUAUU